AUGAGGCGGCCCGUAACAAGGGAGGAGGUGAAGGACGAAGAAGAGGAGGAGGAAAAAUCUGGUAGGAUAAGAUGGAGGAGGACGCCAGCCACUCAUCCUGCCCGUAAUCAACCCAACCAGCCAGGGGACUCAACCAGCCAGGGACUCAACCAGCCAGGGACUCAACCAGCCAGGGGACCCAACCAGCCAGGGACCCAACCAGCCAGGGGACCAACCAGCCAGGGGACUCCAGCCAGGGGGACCCAACUGCCAGGGGGACCCAACCAGCCAGGGGAGGACCCACAGCGAGGACCCAACCAGCCAGGAGGACCCAACCAACCAGGGGACCCAACCAACCAGGGGGACCCAACCAGCCAGGGGACCCAACCAGCCAGGACCCAACCAGCCAGGACCCAACCAGCCAGGGGACCCAACCAGCCAGGGGGACUCAACCAGCCAGGGAACCCAACCAGCCAGGGGACCCAACCAGCCAGGGGACCCAACCAGCCAGGGGACCCAACGCAGGAGGACCCACCAGCCAGGGACCCAACCAGGGGGACCCAACCAGCCAGGAGGACCCAACCAGCUAGGGGGACUCAACCACCAGGAGGACCCAACCAGCCAGGGGACCCAACCAGCCGGGAGGACCCAACCAGCCAGGAGGACCCAACCAGCCAGGAGGACCCAACCAGCCAGGGGACCCAACCAGCCAGGGGACCCAACCAGCCAGGGGACUCAACCAGCCAGGGGACUCCAAACCAGCCAGCGGAACCCAACCAGCCGGGACCCAACCAGCCAGGAGGACCCAACCAGCCAGGAGGACCCAACCAGCCAGGGGGACCCAACCAAGCCAGGAGGACCUACGAGGGGGACCACCAGCCAGGGGACCCAACCAGCCAGGGGACUCAACCAGCCAGGGGACUAAACCAGCCAAGGGGACUAACCAGCCAGGCGGACCCAACCAGAGGGGGACCCAACCAGCAGGGGACCAACCAGCCAGGAGGACCAAACGCAGGGGACCCAACCAGCCAGGGGACCCAACCAGGGGGAUCAACCAGCCAGGGGGACCCAACCAGCCAGGGACCCAACAGCCAGGGGACCCAACCAGGGAACUCAACCAGCCAUGGGACCCAACCAGCCAGGAACCCACCAGCCAGGGGACCCAACCAGCCAGGGGACCCAACCAGCCAGGAGGACCCAACCAGCCAGGGGACCCAACCAGCCAGGGGGACCCACCAGCCAGGGGACUCAACCACAGGGGAUCAACCAGCCAGAGACUCAACCAGCCAAGGGGAACCCACCAGCCAGGGGGACCCAACCAGCCAGGGGACCCAACCAGCCAGGGGGACCCAACCAGCCAGGGGACCAACCAGCCAGGGGGACCCAACCAGCCAGGGGACUCCAACCAGCCAGGGGACCCAACAGCCAGGGGACCCAACCAGCCAGGGGACCCAACCAGCCAGGGAACUCAACCAGCCAGGGGGAACUCCAACCAGCCAGGGGGACCCAACAGCCAGGAGAACCCAGCAGCCAGGGGGACCCAACCAGCCAGGGGACCCAACCAGCCAGGGGACCCAACCAGCCAGGAGGACCCAACCAGCCAGGGGGACCCAACCAGCCAGGGGACCCAACCAGCCAGGGAGACUCAACCAGCCAGGGAACUCAACACCAGCCAGGGGACCCACAGCCAGGGACCCAACCAGCCAGGGAGACACCAGGGGGACCCAACCAGCCAGGGGACGCCAGGGGGACUCCAACCUUGGAGGACCCAACCAGCCAGGAGGACUAGCCAGGGGGACCCAACCAGCAGGAGGACCCAACCAGCCAGGGGACCCAACCAGCCAGGAGGAACAGCCACGGGACACACAGCCAGGGACACACACACACACACACAGGAGGUGA